UACAGGCAAAAACUGCCCAAGAAAGUUCCCAGGCGGCCGCCACUGACGACGACCGGCGGAGGAAAUUAUGGAGGCAAGUGCCGGAUUGGUGGCGGGAUCUCACAACAGGAACGAGCUGGUGGUCAUCCAUGGCCACGAAGAGCCCAAGCCACUGAGAUCUGUAAACCGGCACGUCUGCGAGAUCUGCGGCGACGACAUCGGGAAGACGGCCGACGGCGAGCUGUUCGUUGCGUGCAACGAGUGCGGGUUCCCGGUAUGCCGUCCCUGCUACGAGUAUGAGAGAAGGGAAGGCACCCAGCACUGCCCACAGUGCAAGACCAGAUACAAGCGCCUCAAAGGGAGCCCGAGAGUGGAGGGGGACGAGGAGGAGGAAGACGUGGACGACAUUGAGCAUGAGUUUAACCUGGAGGAGGAGGCGGGUGCCAUGCGGCAGCACCAGGCAGAGGCCAUGCUCCACGCCAAGAUGCGCUACGGCCGAGGCCUCCCCGCCGACGACGACGACCGCUUCUCCGUCAUCACCAACCCUCGCUUCCCUGAAACCCCCAUCGUUGGAAGAUCAUCUCGCCCCGUAAGCGGCGAAUUCCCGCUAACGAUUCCGGCAGGAGUCGCCACUUCUCCACUCCACAAACGCGUUCACCCCUAUCCUCUUUCUGAAUCAGGCAGUGGGAGAUACAAUUGGGAUUUCAGCAGGGAGAAUGAAGCGUGGAGAGGUCGGAUGGAUGACUUCAAAUCCAAACAAGCUUUGCUCGCUCCAGACCCUGAUGAUUUCGAUCCCGAUAUGCCAUUGAUGGAUGAGGCAAGACAGCCAUUAUCAAGGAAGGUACCCAUUGCAUCGAGCAAGGUCAAUCCAUACAGGAUGAUCAUCAUCCUACGCCUGGUUGUGCUGGCCUUCUUUCUGCGCUACCGGAUCCUCAACCCUGUCCAUGACGCCCUCGGCCUCUGGCUCACCUCUGUCAUCUGCGAGAUCUGGUUCGCAAUUUCCUGGAUUCUGGAUCAGUUCCCCAAGUGGUUCCCCAUUGAUCGCGAGACGUAUCUUGAUCGUCUCUCUUUGAGGUAUGAAAGAGAGGGCGAACCAUCUAUGCUGUCUGCUGUGGACAUUUUUGUGAGCACAGUGGAUCCAAUGAAGGAGCCGCCUCUGGUCACUGCCAACACUGUCCUUUCACUCCUGGCCGUCGAUUACCCCGUGGACAAGAUCUCCUGCUACGUCUCGGACGACGGUGCGUCCAUGCUGACGUUCGAAGCCCUGUCGGAGACGGCAGAGUUUGGGAGGAAGUGGGUGCCCUUCUGCAAGAAGUUCACCAUCGAACCGAGGGCGCCAGAGAUGUACUUCUCCCUCAAGAUCGACUACCUCAAGGACAAAGUUCACCCGGAUUUUGUCAAGGAAAGGCGGGCAAUGAAGAGAGAAUAUGAGGAGUUCAAAGUUCGCAUCAACGCGCUGGUGGCGAAGGCCCUGAAGGUGCCGGAAGAAGGCUGGGUGAUGCAAGACGGGAUACCAUGGCCGGGCAACAACACCAAGGACCAUCCGGGCAUGAUCCAGGUGUUUCUCGGCCACAGCGGCGGCCAUGACACUGAAGGCAACCACCUCCCUCGCCUCGUCUACGUCUCCCGCGAGAAGAGGCCUGGCUUUCAGCAUCACAAGAAGGCCGGUGCAAUGAAUGCUCUGAUCCGGGUGUCGGCAAUACUGACAAAUGCACCCUUCAUGCUCAACCUGGACUGUGAUCACUACAUUAACAACAGCAAGGCCAUCCGAGAAGCCAUGUGCUUCUUGAUGGAUCCGCAGGUGGGGAGGAAGGUGUGCUUCGUUCAGUUCCCCCAGAGGUUCGACGGCAUUGACAAGAAUGAUCGAUAUGCUAACCGAAACACCGUCUUCUUCGAUAUCAACAUGAAAGGCUUGGAUGGAAUUCAGGGCCCAGUUUACGUGGGUACAGGAUGUGUGUUCAGAAGACAGGCACUGUAUGGGUAUGAACCACCCAAGGGUCCUAAGCGCCCCAAAAUGGUCAGCUGUGGCUGUUGUUCGUGCUUCGGCCGCCGGAAGAAGGCUCGGGACCAACUUAAAAAGGGGAAGCCCGAGUUGGAUGGAACAGAAGAUCUGGCUGGCCAAGGGUUCGAUGAAGAAAAGGCAAUAAUGAUGUCAGAGAUAAACUUUGAGAAGAAAUUUGGGCAAUCUGCAGCACUAAUUGCCUCUACGUUGAUGGAGGAUGGAGGUGUUCCCCCUUCGGCCAGUCCAGCUGCUCUGCUCAAAGAAGCCAUUCAUGUCAUCAGUUGUGGUUAUGAAGACAAAACUGAGUGGGGCUAUGAGCUUGGAUGGAUAUACGGUUCAAUCACAGAAGAUAUUCUGACAGGCUUUAAGAUGCACUGCCGUGGGUGGAGGUCAAUAUACUGCAUGCCACAGCUCCCGGCAUUCAAAGGGUCUGCACCAAUCAAUUUAUCAGACCGGCUUAAUCAAGUGCUGCGCUGGGCUCUAGGCUCGGUCGAGAUCUUCUUCAGUAGGCACAGCCCACUUUGGUAUGGGUACAAAGGGGGGCACCUGAAGUGGCUUGAACGCUUUGCCUACAUCAACACUACCAUCUACCCGUUCACCUCCCUGCCUCUUCUAGCAUACUGCGCACUCCCUGCCAUUUGUUUGCUCACUGGAAAGUUCAUCAUGCCAACAAUUAGUACAUUUGCUAGUCUUUUCUUCAUCAUGCUUUUCAUCUCCAUCUUUGCAACCGGAAUCUUGGAGCUCAGGUGGAGUGGUGUAAGCAUUGAAGAGUGGUGGAGAAACGAGCAGUUUUGGGUGAUUGGUGGUGUCUCUGCUCACUUGUUUGCUGUGGUUCAAGGCCUGCUCAAAGUACUGGCUGGAAUUGAUACAAACUUCACUGUUACUUCGAAGGCCUCCAAUGAUGAAGAGCUUGGGGAGCUUUAUGCUAUCAAAUGGACAACACUUCUUAUUCCUCCAACCACUCUUCUGAUUAUCAACAUGAUUGGUGUUGUUGCUGGUGUCUCUGAUGCCAUCAACAAUGGAUACCAAUCUUGGGGGCCUCUCUUUGGGAAGCUGUUCUUUGCUUUCUGGGUGAUUGUUCAUCUCUACCCUUUCCUAAAAGGCCUAAUGGGCAGGCAAAGCCGGACACCUACUAUUGUUGUCAUCUGGUCUGUGCUCUUGGCUUCUAUUUUCUCACUAUUGUGGGUUCGCAUUGAUCCAUUUGUACUGAAAUCCAAGGGUCCUGAUUUGAAGCAGUGCGGCAUCAACUGCUGAGGUUUGAUGAUAUCAACCAUUGGGGGGAAAGAAACAUACUGGUUUUGUUCUCUUGUAAAGAAGUUUUGUGUUGGUGCUUUCUACUACAGUGUAUAUAGUCUUGUGUUUCUAUUAGCAGCAAGGCUGCAAAGAUGCAGAAAAAUAUGAAGAUUGUGUGAACUGAUGUGUUCAUGACUGACGUAGUGUCAACUCCAUGAGUAACACAAUAAGUCAUUUUUUUGAGUA